CGAGCAAAAGCUAACCAAUCAGAAGCAGCCACACUGUUUGGCAACAACAUUCCGUCUCGUCGCAGUUCGACAGCAUAUUAUGUACAGAAGCCUAUUUAACAAUCCAGCUUUUGUAUCCACAAGUUUGAAUUUCGACAAGAAACAAGAACCGUAAUUUUUGGUGACCGUAAGACUGUUUUUUUCUACACACACUGUGCUGCAAGUUAUCGCCGAAACGUGACACCAAACGUGAGAAGUGGAAAAAUGGACGUGGAGGACUCUCAACCGAAGACGAUAAGUCUUCUCGUAAAAACACCCAGUCAGGCUUUGGAGGAUCAAACAAUUGAAGGAGUCCAUGUGAACUGGACGGUGAAGGACUUAAAGACACAUCUGUCGUCAGUUUAUCCGAUAAAACUGGCUGUUAGUGACCAGAGGCUCAUCUAUUCUGGCAAACUUCUACCCGACCAUCUUUACAUUCGAGAUCUCUUCACACAGACAGAUACCAUUCCCACACUGCAUCUAGUCUUUGCUGUAAAGAUGCAACCCAAAGCACAUCUGGGGGCAAGACCAAAGGUUAAGGAAGCAGGUCAGCCGCAUCCCUGUAGUCCAAGGCCCACGGCAUCCUCAGCGUCCUCCAGUAGCACAGCAGAGCUGAGACAGAGGAGGCAGACGUCUUCAACUUCAGAUGCCACGCCGGCAUCAGCCCCAGGCGUUUCCGCGUGGCCUGCCACCAACAUGACUGGAACGCCACAAAUGGCUCAACCAGCAUUUCCAGCUUACUCGCUGUACAGUCCCCAACAACUUCUGUGGCUCCAGCAUGUCUAUGCUCGACAAUAUUACAUGCAAUAUCAAGCAGCUAUGGCAGCAGCUGCCACCGGCCCCUCCAUAGCACCCGCAACUGUUGUCCAUCACCCACCUGUACCCGCUCACCAGGUACCUGUGCCAGCGCCAAUGGCUAAUCAGAACCCCAUCAACAAUCUGCAACCAGCGAACCAGAACCAAGGGCAGGACGGUGCAUUCAUUGACCCUGGCGUGGCCAAUCAGAAUAUGAGAAUGAACGCCCAAGGGGGACCUGUCAUGGAGGACGAGGACGACGUAGAGCGCGACUGGUUGGACUGGUUGUACUCGGCGGCAAGGCUCGGUGUUCUGCUCAUGAUUGUGUACUUCAACUCCAACCUGAGUCGCUUCCUUCUGGUGAUGGGCACCCUCUUCCUCAUGUACCUUCACACCACCGGCUGGUUCUCACUUAGAAGACGACAGCAGGUCCAAGGACCCAACCACCUGCAGCCCCCCGAAGUCCUGCACAACCAGGAGAAUGAGGACAGAAUCCCAAAUCCUGGUGCAGAGCUUGCUGAAGAACAGAGAGAACUUUCUGCUGAAGGUGAAGAAUCAGAUGAACCCGAGCCCAUGGCAGCUGUUUUGGUGCCUCCGCACCGGGUGUCAGUCUUUUGGACAGCCUGGGUCUUUUUCAAAACCUUUUUCUCUUCGCUCAUACCUGAGGUUCCUCAAGGCGUGGCCAACUGACCUGCUCCGACAGACCACCCAUCCCCAAGUGGCUUGAGGCAUGGAAUUUUUGUUAUUCACAGUGGAAGAAAAACUUCAACUUGACCAAAAACAGCAGCAUUAUGUGCACAAGGGUGAGAGAGUGAGGCAGGAUGAGGGGCAGAAGCCGCCCAGUAGCUCUUAAUAAUGAACUCAAGGAGAAAUUUAAAAUCGAACCAAUAUCCUGCAGUACAAAAUUACAUUUACUUACUCAGCCACAUGAAAAUGAGGUUGUGAACUGAUUGUGCAACUUCACAAGUGCUUGUGAUGCUCCUGAUAAAAGUGACAGAUCAAGCCUUUUGGCCUCUUCAUCCUGGAAAAAUAAUUCUCAAUCACAAAUGUGCCAAAAUUAGACCAAGCUAAACCUUUUGAUUUUUGUUUAUUUUUGCUGCAUGUUAAAAUGAUCACGUGAUUAUGCCAUGUCAUUUGUGUAAAGCGGAAAAAAAAAAAAAGAUUUUUAGUGUGGUGAAUUUAGUUUGUUAUAACCCUGUUCAGCCUUAUUCCAAGCAAUUUAAAGUGAUAAUUAAAUUGACUGACUCAUUACAUAUACAUAGCAUACAUAAACGUAUUCUUCACGCCAAGAAAAAAAAAAAAAUGCUGUAAUGCAAAUCAUCAGUCCAGCAUGAUUCGCAGAAGACUGCUUCGUUUUGCCCACUAUUAAAUUUGUCGGCAAAAUAAAUAUUGUAUAUACCUUUUAACGCACUUUAAUACUGUAUGCAAGGAUCUUUACUUUAUUAGGUGUUAUCUGAACAAUUAUUUAUAAUUUAAAUAGUAUGGAUUGAGAUUCGGCGUGAAACAGGUCCGUUGAAAUCUGUUUGAAUAUGAGGAAAAAAAGCAAACUAUUUACUUUUCAAAUCACUUGAACGCCCAAUGUAUCAAGUUUCAACUCUUUACAUCAUUUUCUUUGUCAUAUCUGGUUGCUAGUCACUUGUGAUCUUUGCUGACCGUGUUAGUGUGCUUUCAAUACUCCAAGUAUUGAAGGUUCGCUUUUACCAGAUAUUGAUUUCAGUAGUCCUUGGGUGAAAAAUGUUUUUCACCCCCUGUACUAAAUCAUUUGUAUGUGGGACAUACAAUUAUCCCCAUUUGUUGGAUUUAUACCCUGGUGAUGGAAAUUGUGUGACCUUAGUCACUAUGUACAGCAUAAAUGAACAUUUGAAAGUUUGCUCAACGAAGUUAUAUUGAGUUUUGUAUGUUGGGAAUACUUGCAAAAAAAAGAAAAUGCAAUAAAUAUUCUUAACUUAAA